UGCGGAGCAGAGGGGGUGGAGGGUGGUGUUAAGACGUUUGACUCUAUUUGGAGUUGUGUCCAUUGCAGAUGAAUAAAGUUUUUUUCUUCUUCUUUUCUACUCCAGCUGAGCUUGUUGGCAGCAGGCUCCGUCCUCCUCUCAGAGAGCCCGCACCAGGAUGGGUGCUCUCCCGGCGCAAAGGAUACUAUGGAUGUGCGUUUUGGUGAUUUUGGGAAUAACAGGAGUUUGCGGUUCCAACGUCUGCACCUCCAGAGGGGCCAGUACAUGCAAGCAGUGUCUGGCUGUGCACCCCAGCUGUGCGUGGUGCUUCCAGGAGGACUUUGGCCAGGGGGUGGCCAGUUCCUCUCGCUGUGAUCUGAAGACCAACCUUUUGGCAGCGGGGUGUGUUCCGUCAGCUAUGGAGUCUCCGACCAGCAAACUGCAGGUGAUCGAGGACCGGCCCCUCAGCAACAAGGCAGCGGGAGCCACGCAAGACGUCACUCAGAUAAAGCCCCAGAGGCUACAGAUCACUCUCAGGCCAGAUGAUGCUAAGCGCUUCACAGUAAAAGUGCGUCAGGUAGAUGACUACCCCGUGGACCUCUACUACCUCAUGGAUCUCUCCUACUCCAUGAACGAUGACCUCUUCCGCCUGAGAACACUGGGCAGAGGCCUGGCAGACGCUAUGAAUCGCACCACCAGCAACCUCCGCAUGGGCUUUGGGGCUUUUGUGGACAAGCCGCUCUCGCCUUACAUGUUCAUCUCCCCUAAAGAGGCUGUGGAGAACCCCUGCUACAGUAUUAAUACCACCUGCCUGCCCCAGUUCGGUUACAAACACGUUCUGUCCCUGACGGAGGAGGUGGGCCGCUUCACAGAGGAAGUGAAGAAGCAGAUGGUGUCCAGAAACCGAGAUGCCCCAGAGGGAGGCUUUGAUGCCAUCAUCCAGGCUGCUGUGUGCAAGGUGAAGAGACACCCUUACUGUCUCACACAAAUAACUCUUUUGUCACACUCAUAA